AUGUCUGAAUUGCCCUAUUACUGCCAUGUCUGCGAGAUAAUAGUCCGGAUUGGAGACCAAAUAGAGUGUCCUCAAUGCAAACAAUCCUUCUUAGAGGUAUACUCACCCGAUGACGAACUAGAAGCACCACCCCGCGCCCAACCUUUCAUGCAAGCCAUCUACAACUUCUUUGACUCCCGUUCACGCCGAUCCCGUCAGCGCAGCAUUGCUUCCGACCGCCGCAACUAUGCCAUCGGCCCCGAAAUCAACGACAUUAUCACCCGGUUCAUGGAGGAGAAGCAGAUCAAAGAAAACCCAGCCACCGACCAACAAAGAACCCAUCUCCAAAAAGCCGAGCCACCAAACAAUGAAGCCUGCAUGAUUUGUCUCAACGAUUUCCAACCCCAAGAAAAAGGCAUCCAAUUCCCAUGCGAGCACAUCUUCCACCAACCCUGUACCGAAGCCUGGCUCAAACUCCAAGCCGAGUGCCCCAUUUGUAGAGAGUCCCUCUAA